AUGAACCUGCGGUCUGUGUUCACACUGGAGCAGCAACGAGUCCUGGAUAGCUACUAUGACAACGGGAUGACCAAUCAGAGCAAGAGCUGCUUCCAGCUGAUCCUUCGGUGUGCUCAGGAGACCAAGCUGGACUUCAGUGUGGUGCGGACCUGGGUGGGCAACAAGAGGCGGAAGCAGACCUCCAGGGCCGACCAGAACACAGGCGUGUCCCACUCCUUUUCCUUCUCCAAUCACGGCCUUUCUCUGGGAGCUCUGUCCAAUCACAGCCUGGCUGGGGGAGCUCUGUCCAACCACAUGCUAACGGGCGGGGCUCUAGUGGCGGGCGCAAUGCUGACAGGGGCGAUGGCGGCAGCUCAGAAUAUCCAGAGAGGCCCCUCCCACCUUCUCCCUCCAUCCUCCUCUUCCUCCUCUUCUUCCUACUCUCCUCUCAGCUCUGUCAACAACAACAACGAUGUCAUCCUGACAGGGAUUUACUCUCUAGGCUCCACUUCUCGUUCCCGGCCCACUGUUAAGCCCCUCUCCUGUCACUCUGACCCUGAGCUCCCUGCACACGUCCAUCAAACUCUGCUCAACCAAUCACAGCACAGGAGGAAUAGUUCUGCCUCCUCCCCCCUCCAGCUCCACUCUAGAUCGGGUACCAUGUCACUUCCUCGCUGUAAACCCCUCUCCCUCUCCUCUUCCCCCUCCUUCUCCUCACCCCCCGGCCGCCCCAUCCACAGCCUGUCCAAGAGGUGUGGUUUCACCACUGGUGGGGCAGGGGGGGCAGUAGGAAGGGCUGGGUCAGGAGGGGCGGUACCUCGGAGCUGGGCUAGACAGUAUGAUUCUCUCCAGUCUGGCCCCUGGCCCUCCCAGCUCCAGCCCAGGCCUCACUCCAACCCCCAGACUCCCCAACCUCACCCCCCCAGGCCCCAUCUCUCCAACCCUCCCCCUUCAGACAACUCCCCCCGCAUUCAUCAGGUCUUCAGCCUAUUAGAGAGGGGGGAGGGGGAGGGACUAGGACAAGGACAGCUUUCUGAUAGCAGCAGGCAAGAGAGACACAGACAGUCUACCUGCCCCUUGGACGCUAGUGGCUGCCUCUCUAUCGCCAUGGAGACGGGUGAUGAAGAGGAUGAGUGGCAGAGGGAGGAAGAGUUAUCCAACAUGGCUGCCAUGGCCCACUUGGACCUCCAGAGAGGCCAGGGGGGGAGGGACAGCCCCAGCAGCGAACAGGGAUCUGGGGGUAGAGACCCCACAUCCCCCUCCCUGGUCCUCAGCAGCUCCAGGCCUGGUCCCUACCCUCGGGACAGCUACCCAGUUACUACAACACUACAGACCUCCCCUAGUAUACAGGUAGGGUUACUACUACUACUACUACUACUACUACUACUACUACUACUACUACUACUACUACUACUACCCA